UGAUCUGAACACUUCAUUUACCAUGACAUGUUUUUCCAAAAAUCUGUCAUCUUAAGACUACUCGACUCACGUCUUAAGUCCCACUUCAACGGGAAGGUUAUGGGUGUUAAACAGCUGGACGGCUGUUAAAUGUUAUGCAUGUUAAACCUGCAGGCAGUAGGCUGUGCCCUUGCAUGCAACCCUACUCAGUCUCGCUUCAGACCAGUUACAGAGUUACGGGACAGAGACAGCUAAAAUCGCAGAAGACCAACCAAUCAGACACGUUUCCUCCCCGCAGAUACAGAGACAGACCGACGGAGAAGUUGACUUUGUGAAGACUCGGGCAAAACCUACGGAUUUUAGAAGGAGAAUCUAGAGAAGAGUAGGAAGAAUGAAGGGGAAUAUACUCCUGGUUAACCUGUUGGUGAUGUGGACAAUGGCUGGGUUUAUAUAUUGUGAGAAAGUGUCUAAAAUAAAGGUGGUUAAAACCAACACUAACGGAAUCACAUUGUCAUGUGAUGGCGGUAAGGUCAGUCGGAAGAAUGAUUCUGCAUCUGCCAAACAGGAUUUAAGAUUGGAAUACAACGACGAAGACUCAGGGGAGUAUGUUUGCCAGGAUACAGAAAAAGAUACUGUAAUUGAGGAAAUAUAUGUGAAAUUUCGGCCCUGUGAUAACUGCAUUGAGCUGGAUGUGCCUGUGGUUGUUGGGAUAGUUUUGGGAGAGCUGGUGACCACUGUCCUGAUUGGAGUGGCUGUCUACAACAUCGCCUCCCAGCCCAGAGCAACACUGGCCACCGGAAAGAAAGCAUCUAGCCAAAUGGUUCUCAUCCAGAACGAGGCGAAUGCACAGUCAGACACCAGCGGACACUAUCAGCGCCUGAAUAAAAGGCGCCAGGAGACGUCUGAGUACAGCACCCUGCAGGAAAGGAGAUAAUGAUCAAAAUACAGUUUUCUGCAUUACUUUUGCCAGUCCUCUGAAUAAAUAGUUGUUUGUGGAAAAGUCUGCUCCAUAUGGUCCACCUUCAGGUCCCUCAAAAGUAUAUCUGAUGUACGUUGCCAGUGGCUUUAAUAAUUAAUGUCAUUCAAAUGUUUGAUGUGCAUAAAGUACAUUGGCAGUUUGUUGGGUUGUUUUGGGGUUUUCUUAGUUUGAUUCAUUGCUGUGAAUGAAAUAUGAUUUUAUUUUAGUAACUAUAGCUGUUACCAUAUUUUUACACUCAUGUUUGGUGAUUUCUCUUUAAGAACAUAUACAGCUCCGGAAAAAAUUUACUCAAAACUUAAUUUUUUCCGGAGCUGUAUGUUAUGAUAUAUUGACAUUCUGUACAUUUAAAGUUUUCUUUUCAUUUGUAAUAACUUAUUGUAUAAUUUUUUUGUGGUACAGCCAAUUUUCUGUUUUACCUGUUACCAAAAAGUUUGAAAAAUUCUGAUUAAAUGAAAUGCAAAUGAAAUGGAAAGUCGAUCACAAGUUAUGGAUGGGAAUUGAGGGAAUAAAUCAUUUACUUUUGAGA